GCCUAACAUCCCGCGCAACACCAAAGAAUAACUUCUGCAAGCUCUUCAAAGCUCACUAUAACUCCGCGACACCAAGUCCAGCCCCACGGAGCCUCUACCAAGGCUGGCCACACCCGGCAAUUCCUCCGCACCCCUUCCACAAUGAACGCCCUCUUCAACUCCGCCCUCCGACAAAGCAUAUCUAUCCGCAAAGACCUCGACCUCUUCGCCGAUUCGUCAUCACCUUCCCCCGCGCUCCAGGGCCAGAUCAACGCGUCCCUAACCUCGUUUUCGCGGACAAUUGACGACUAUGCGAAGCUUGCGAAACAGGAGCCUAUUGCUACGAAGCAGGAGAAGGCGUUUGAGAGAUUAAAAGGGUUUAGACAGGAGCUAGGGGACUACCGAGAGCAGUUUCAGAGGAUAAAAGGGCUGAAUGAUGAGAUGCAAACAACAGCCGCCCGCACCGAACUCCUCGGCCGUCGUCCACACCACGCCUCUACGCCCGAAAACCCCUACGCCAAUCCCUCCUCUUCCACGCACACCAACCCCCUCUUUGCCGCCUCCACGUCCGCCUCUACCCAAAAUCCCAACUCUCCAUACCGCCCCAACCCUUCAUCCUCUUCGUACGCUGGCACCGCCCUUGGCGCCUCUCCACAAGACUACAACCGCGAAUCGCAUGCCUUCCGCGAACAAAACUUUCUGUCGCAGACGGGCGCGCAACUUGACGAGUUCCUGGACCGCGGGCGUGCCGUAUUGGGGGAUUUGGGACAGCAGAGAGAGAUGUUGAAGGGCACGCAGAGGAGGCUAUAUAGUGUGGCGAAUACCCUGGGGGUGAGUGGGGAUACGAUUAGGAUGGUAGAAAGGAGGGCGAGACAGGAUAAGUGGAUUUUUUGGACAGGCGUAGUAUGCUUCUUUCUAUUUUGUUGGCUAGUGUUGCAUUUUCUGCGGUGAGAGGGGAAAUGUGUUUAGACUGGAAGACGGUUGGGAGAUUCUGGAAGAGAGCGAACGGUUGUUCUUCAUGUUUUACUUCUUGUGUAUCCAUAUUUUGCGUAUGUGGGUUGGAAUGCUAGGCGGCGGCGUUUGCGAAGGAAGCUUUACCGAGGGUUGCACGCCCUUUUUGACGGGAUUAGCGUUGAGUAUUAUGUGCAUGGGCUUUUAGAUCCAGGCCAGGCUGAGCAGGCAGGCGAUCUUCC